AUGGACACUUUAGAACCAACUACCGUCGAUACACAUAUUUCUGCGGAGCAGAUUCUGCGGGAUGUGUACAAGAAGGGGCAAAAAGCAAGAGGAUCGACUAAUAUUGAUAUACUAGACGUGGAAGAACUUCGAGAAUACCAGCGCAGGAAGAGAACAGAGUAUGAAGGUUAUUUGAAGAGAAAUAGACUGGACAUGGGUCAAUGGAUCCGUUAUGCGCAAUUCGAAAUUGAACAGCACGACAUGAGGCGCGCCAGAUCCAUCUUUGAAAGAGCUUUAUUAGUAGAUAGUUCGUUCAUCCCCCUUUGGGUACGAUACAUUGAUGCUGAACUGAAAGUAAAAUGUGUUAACCACGCUAGGAAUCUUAUGAACAGAGCCAUUAGUACGUUGCCCAGAGUAGACAAGUUAUGGUACAAGUACCUCAUUGUCGAAGAGUCGUUAAACAAUAUCGAAAUUGUACGAUCACUAUACACCAAGUGGUGCUCCUUGGAGCCAGGCGUUAAUGCAUGGAAUUCCUUUGUUGAUUUUGAAGUAAGACAGAAAAACUGGAACGGUGUAAGAGAGAUUUAUUCGAAAUACGUCAUGGUUCAUCCACAAGUGCAGACGUGGCUAAAGUGGGUCAAGUUUGAAAACAGACAUGGUAAUGCUGAAUUUACAAGAAGUGUUUACUCUUUAGCGACAGAUACAGUAGCUGACCUUCAAAAAUUGCAUAUUUGGUCUGAUGCCGAGGUUGUAAAAUUAGUAAAUUCAUUUGCUCAUUGGGAAGCUACGCAGCAAGAAUACGAAAGAUCGACUGCCCUUUAUCGAAUUGCUAUAGAAAAAUGGCCUUCCAAUCAAUUACUUAAGGGUGGACUGUUAGAUUUUGAAAAACAAUUCGGCAACAUAAACUCUAUAGAAGAAACUAUUAGCUAUAAGAGGAAAAUGGACUAUGAAACAACACUGAAUAAUAACGCCUAUGAUUAUGACACCUGGUGGUUAUAUUUGGAUCUCGUUUCAGAAAGCUUCCCCAACCAAAUAAUGCAAACUUUCGAAAAAGCUAUUGUGGACAGCCGACCAAAAGGACUAUCAAAAACUCUUCACUGGAAAAGGUACGUUUAUCUAUGGAUGAGGUAUAUAUGCUAUGUGGAGUUAGAAUUGGAAAAUUCACUUUUGGAAGAUGAACUUUUUCAAAGGUUAAUUAAUGAUAUUAUUCCUCAUGAGCAUUUCACAUUUUCCAAAAUAUGGCUAAUGUAUGCCAAAUUUCUAAUACGACAGGAUGAUGUGCCGAGGGCAAGAAAAAUUUUGGGUAGAGCUAUUGGCUUAUGCCCCAAAUCUAAAACCUUCAAAGGUUACAUCGAGUUGGAAGUGAAGUUGAAGGAAUUUGAUCGUGUGAGAAAAAUCUAUGAGAAAUUUAUUGAAUUCCGGCCCUCUGACCUACAAAUUUGGUCACAAUAUGCAGAAUUAGAAGAAAAUUUAGGAGAUUGGGAUAGAGUAAGAGGCAUAUAUGCAAUCGCGUUAGAUGAAAAUUCCCAGUUUCUAACAAGGGAAGCUAAAAUUGAAUUGCUUCAAAAAUACAUAACGUUCGAGACAGAAUCACAAGAAUUCGAAGAGGCAAGGAAGCUUUAUAGAAGUUAUUUGGAGUUGAACGAAUAUUCUGUUCAAAGCUGGAUCGAAUUUGCCAUGUAUCAAAGUUCAACCCCGACGGAACAACAACUAUCAGACUUAGCAAAACUGCAAAGUGAAAAUGUAGAUGAAGAUAUUGAGUUUGAAAUUACCGAUGAAAAUAAAGUAGAGGCAAGAAAAGUCUUUGAAGAAGCAGUGGCUUUUUUCAAGGACAAGGAUGAUAAAGAAGGGAGGCUAUCUAUUUUGGAAGCACUGAGAGACUAUGAAGAAACUUAUGGUACUGAACUCGAUCAAGAAACUGUCGGAAAGAAGCUCCCCAAAGUCGUCAAGAAGGUAAAGUUACAGGACGGCGUUGAAGAGGAAUUUAUAGACUACGUUUUCCCUGAUGAUAUCGACGAUAACAAGCCAAAACCAUCAAAGUUCUUGGAAUUAGCCAAAAAAUGGAAAAAGGAACAGGCACCUUGA